UUGAACCGAUAACACUCUCCAGCGUUUCUCUUUUCACCCAUUGAAGAUGCGACAGAGCAAAUUGUGACAGAUUGACUACUACCAUCAGAGGCAAGUGGACCGACAUUGGCGGCUUGGUUGCGGCCUCGUUGACGCGGGUCGCCUUUGUUAUCCCGGGACAGUGCAAUGUUCUGCGGGAAACCGUCAGCCGUCCAGGCUUCACGCGGCUCCAUUCAGAUGCCUAGCCAUGUUGUUCCAGCGGGUUAGCUAGCCUCACUGCUAAAAAAGCCUUUGUUCCGACUAGCAGAUGAUCGAUAAUAUUAGCUCCGAGCCGGAGGAGGAAUGAGAAGUGGAGCUGCUGUGUCCCGUCCGUGCAGCAGCAUCGCCAUGACUCUCAGCACGUCCAGCUCCAUAACUGUCAUGGCGCUGCAUUAUGGACAAGAGCUUUCCACCCGUAAAGAAUAGACGCUUGAAAGACAUUUAGCUUUCCAUACUAGUUUUGUGUAUAUCCGUUAUUCGAGUUUGCAUUGUGUUAUUGUGUUUGGCCAACAUGAAAACGUUAGGAAACUUGCUUGUAUUGUGUUUCUUUCAUGAACACGGGUUAUUUCCUGUUCAUUCAGUGAGCUACCAUAGCGGUAUUAUUGUUUAUUAUCCAGUAAUACACGUGUAUUCAUCUCUCAGAUUCAGUAACUACCAUAAUACUCAAUAGUCCAACAAUCUUUCAUUUUCAAAUGCCCUUUUUGGGCUGCACUAUAAAUUUAACAUCCCAAUGAAUGUCAUUUAACAAUAACUAUAGGAAUGUCUGUAGUGAGUUUUGCCUGGUGACUCUCCAAUCACAAACUUCAUAGAGUUAUUUAUCAGUUGUUUUAUUGUGAUGAUAAACGGCAGGUUUGCGUUGUUUGAUUAUUUAUGGGUUUUUUAUGCAUUUGCUUGUUUCUUUAUCUGUUUAUUUUUCCUCUCAUUUUGCAGGUCGCCAUGCAGCAGUGUAAACCCCCGCAGCAGCAGAGGCAGCAGAGCGAGGAAAACCGGAAGUUGGAGGCGGAAACAGGGGACAGCGAUUCAAGCGAUGCUUAUGAAUGUCGGAUCUGCAGCCACAAAGCAGCGGACGUCUGCUCUCUCAGUCAACAUCUGCACUCUGUCCAUCCUGUUACCGCUCUGCCCGGCUCUGGCACAGCGAGACAUGAGGAGAGUAAAGGAGCACAAGACCAAACCUCAGAGGGACAAAAGAGCCCACCUGCAGGAAAUUCUGAAUUUUCUGAAAGGUCCAUGUCUUCCUCACCCAUGGACUCGGAAGAGACCAGCAUAAGUACAUGCAACGCAGAGAACCAGGUACCAGCAGCGGAGCAAAAAGAGACUGUGAAAAACACACCUGCUGCCAAAGACAGCCAAAGCAUUUCUCCUGCCUCCAUUUUGCCUCAGAGGAAAGCCUCAUCCUUUUCGGAGCCUACAAAAGGAAGCCAAAGUGAGGAUGCUGCCUCUUCAGGCACGUCCGGCCUCAACCAGACGCACUUUGUGUGUCUUCCUCUGGUGUCUGAGGGACUAAAGUUGGUGUGGGUGCGCUCUGAGCAGACUAAUGAGCUGGACGCUGUUUCUGAGCUGGUAGAAGCGUUUAAUUCCUUUCCCUACCCCACAGAGCAGGAGGCCAGUGCUCUGGCACGCAGAUGCUCCCUGUCCCCCGAGCGCGUCAAAGUGUGGUUUAUGAUGCAGCGCGUCCGAUAUGGAAUCAGCUGGGCAGACGACGACAUCCAGCAAACACGGCUGAAGCUGCGGCGUCUGUUUGGAGAGGAGGGGGAGGAAGAAGAAGAGGAUUAUUUAGCACAUGAAGAAAGGACACCAGAGACCCCGCAGGAGGGUGUUAAACAGGUGCCUGUAUUAGACGUCUAUACGGGUUAUGCACACUACACACCACAACCAGUUUUCUCCCAGGAUGAUACCAAUGACUACAACAGCAGGCAAAACAGCAUCAUUCCUCAGUAUAGCAACGGUUUAGAACCGUUUGUUCGGCUGCAAACUGAAAAUCAGUAUGUAGGUUCGUCUGUGGACAAAAACAAUUCUCAGUUACUCAAAGAUCUGAAUCAUUUUCCUCCUAAUGAGCCCAAGGACAAUACUUCCAGAACGUAUCAAUCUUUAGCUAAUUCCACAGUCAUUUGUGGCCCCCCCAUAACCCAGCAGCGGAAGAAAUCUAAAGCCCAGUUGAUGGCGCUUCGCCGUAGUUUUGUUCAAAAGAAUUGGCCGUCAGAGGCUGAGGUGCAGCGGCUUCAGCGCGUCACCGGGCUCGGACGCCAUGAGAUCCGGAAGUGGUUCGCAGACAGUCGCUACCAACUUCGCAGAAGUGGCCGGUCCUGGCUGGCUGAACUGAGCAAGCCCAUUCAAUCACCAGAGCCCUUGGGUGGAGUUCCACAACAGUUGAACAACGAUAACAUCCAGGAGGAUGGCGAUGCCUCAGGCGCAGGGCUUGACUUUGAGCUCGAUGUGGACAUGGAGGACCACCAGUGCCCUGUCGAAGACGGAGACGGAGUCAGCGAAUCAGACACAAGGAAAGAGGAACAAAGUGAGGAGUUUUCACAAAAAGACGGCCGGGCUUCUGUCAAGCAGGAGCGGCGGGAGAUCGUUAUCAUCCCUUCCCCAUCUCCUGCUUCGUCUUCUCCGUCUCCGUCACUCCUCCAAGGCUGGAACCCCAGUCUGGGUCCUGAACCCAACCUCCGGAAGAAGACAUGGGAGCAGCUGCACACACUGAGACAGAGCUUCCUGCAGUGCCAGUGGCCCACCAGUGAAGACUACACACUUUUGCAGCAGAAGACAGGCCUGACACGGACUGAGAUUGUUCAGUGGUACGGAGACACACGUUACCACAUUAAACACUCCAACCUGCGCUGGAUUCACCCGGACGACCGGGAGCGUGUACGUACAGGUGUCAUGAAGCAGCAGAAGCGAGCGGGGAAGGGUCCCAGGAGCAGGAGAUGGACAGAGGGCACAGAUUCGAGCUUCAGGUUUAGGGAGCCGCAACCCAGUAACGGGACAGGGGGGAAUGAGACGAAGUCAUGGGACGAAUUAUUCAAGACAGCUUCCUCAGUACUGCCAGGGGGUGAACUUUGACCCUGGAGAAUUUUUUCAUUAACUGUUAAAGAGUAUUUAGAAUAGCAGGAAAGUAGAGGCUGGACUCUACAUUGCUGCCAAAUGCUGUAUUUCAUGAAGAAGUGUUUCUUUUUUUUUGUUUUUGUUUUUUGGGGGUUUUUGGUCUUUGUCUCAUGUCCUCAUAUCCAGUGUUUCUCACCACUAAUGGAUUGUUGUAUUGAUAUAAUCCAGUGCCUCGUCAGGACCUUUAAUACACCACAUAUUUAUGGAUUUAGUUUUGUCUCGAUGAGCAGUUUCAUUUAAGCUGAAAUUAUUUAUAAUAACACUAACGAAACAGAAAAAAGCUAAGAAGAUGUUCAGAGCGAUUAACCGAACACAAGCACUGGGUGAAACUGCUGUUUUCAUGUGUAGCAUUUCAGUGUUCAACAGGAUAAAAUAGGUAGGUAGACAUUAGUUUCAGGUCUUUUUUAAUGCACAUUUUCAAAUGUUUAUUUAAAAAAAAAAAAAUUUUUACUUUAAUGUAUUGAUAUGGUUCAGAUCUUCCCAACCAUGAAUCCUUUAAAGUGUUGCUUUUAAAAAAGAUUCAACCAGUGUGAAAACAAUUUUAAAAUGGUUUUAUGAAAGAUCUUUUACAUCCUGUUCUUCUAUAAUAAUUAUUGCUUAAUUUCAGUUAUAAUUUAUUUAGACCCAGGACCAUAAUCCAACAGAAGAAGCUUGAACGAUGCAUUUGAUAUUCUAUGCAUUUAAUUAUUAUUUAGUUGACUAGAAUAUUCCUUUACUGCUUUUGAAGAUUUUUGUACCUAUUUCUAGAAAAUGUUUUCCCUUGGUUACAAUGACAUUUUAACUCAAUAAAGUGAACUUCAGGAUUUUA